AUGAAUUUUAAACUAAAUCACCUCCGAAUGAUGAUCACAAAUGCGUCCGUUGUUGUUUUAAUAUGUACAACUUUACUGCUGAAUACUUACAAUGGUAUGGAGCAUAAAUCAUCAUAUGAAAUCUACUUAAAUGAAAUCGGACUGUUCAACAAAACGCUUUUUAAUUUCACUGAUACUAAAAACCAAACGGUAUUUGAAGGUUGGAUAGAGUAUUCAGAUAAUGUUCAACGACCUAAAGCCACGCUCGUACCACUUCAUGGACAGAAUUACCAAUCAGCCAUAUUCUUCUAUCUACUCAACUCACGAUCAAAUGGAUCGAGUUUCGCUGGCGUGAAGAGGAUAAACUACAUUUCGGUUUUGCCAAAAUAUGACGGUGCAAAAAUUGAUCUUCAUAGACAAGGUCUAAAUUCUACCUUCAAACUGAUAUUCUAUGAAAAAUGUGAGGGUACACAAAAUUGUAUAUCAUAUGAAUCAAAUUUCCAAACAUCUGGCUUACGACAGCAAAUAGAAAUACCAUUCAGCAAAUUUACACAAUACUGUCGUGGAAGACAGAUAUCUAAUACACUUCCUUCAAAUUUAAACAAAGUAUAUCAAAUCGGAAUACAAGCAUAUACAGGUAGAAAUGGGACUAAACAGCACUCUGGUGUAGGUUACAUCGAAAUAUUCACUAUUUCAAUAUAUAAAGAAGCUCGAAAGUCA